GCUGGGCCAUCUCCUCCUCACUUCCAUUCUGACUGCAGUCUGUGGUUCUGAUUCCAUACCAGAGGGGCUCAGGAUGCUGUUGCUGGGAGCUGUUCUACUGCUAUUAGCUCUGCCCAGUCAUGGCCAGGAUACCACAACUCAAGGGCCUGGAGUCCUGCUUCCUCUGCCCAAGGGGGCCUGCACAGGUUGGAUGGCAGGCAUCCCAGGGCAUCCAGGCCAUAAUGGGGUCCCAGGUCGUGAUGGCAGAGAUGGCACCUCUGGCGAGAAGGGUGAGAAAGGAGAUCCAGGUCUUAUUGGUCCUAAGGGAGACACUGGUGAAACUGGAGUAACCGGGGCUGAAGGUCCCCGAGGCUUUCCGGGAAUCCAAGGCAGGAAAGGAGAACCUGGAGAAGGUGCCUAUGUAUACCGCUCAGCAUUCAGUGUGGGAUUGGAGACCUACGUUACUGUCCCCAACAUGCCCAUUCGCUUUACCAAGAUUUUCUACAAUCAGCAAAACCACUAUGAUGGCUCCACUGGUAAAUUCCACUGCAACAUUCCUGGGCUGUACUAUUUUGCCUACCACAUCACAGUCUAUAUGAAGGAUGUGAAGGUCAGCCUCUUCAAGAAGGACAAGGCUAUGCUCUUCACCUAUGACCAGUACCAGGAAAAUAACGUGGACCAGGCCUCCGGCUCUGUGCUCCUGCAUCUGGAGGUGGGCGACCAAGUCUGGCUCCAGGUGUAUGGGGAAGGAGAGCGUAAUGGACUCUAUGCUGAUAAUGACAAUGACUCCACUUUCACAGGCUUUCUUCUCUACCACGACACCAACUGAUCACUACUAACUCAGAGCCUUGUCCCAGGCCAAACAGCGCCAAAGUCAAUUAAAGGCUUUCAGUACGGUUAGGAGAUUGACUAUUAUUUAGUUGGAGGUCUUUGAAUAUUAUUCAUUGAUUCACUCAUUCAUGUAUUCAUUCAUUCAUUCAUGUAUUCAUUCAUUCAUCAAGUAACUUUUAAAAAAUCACAUGCUAUGUUCCCAGUCCUGGGGAGUUUCAGAAACAUGACCAGAUAACUGACUAGAAAGAAGCAGUUGACAGUGCUCUUUUGUG